GGCCCCACCCCGGCCGGAGUCGCUCCGCGGGGCCGUCCCACCCCGGGCUGCGGUCUCCCGGGAGCGGGCGGUCCUAGAGGGGCGCUGGAGGAGCGCCAGGCCCGAGGCGGCCGCCAGCCCCGCGGCCCGACGCGGUGAGUGCUCGGGCGAGCCGAUUCCGCGGAGCCCGCGCCGAGAGGUCGUAGCUGAGGCGGGGGCGGCGCGGCGCCGGGGCCGGGCCGAGGGCGGUGGAGGCCUUGCCGUGCCGGGCGGUAUGAUCGGCACCGUGCUCUGCUAUGUGCUACUGCCGGCGGCGCGGCUCCUCCGGGCCCUGCAAGAUGGUUUCUUUACCUGUCGAAAGAAUGUGCUUCUGGCGAAGAGCCCGUCCACCCAGAUAGAAGGCGUCUUUGCUGCAUCCAGAGGAAGAUCGGUCUCAGAAGAGCAAGAAGCCCUUCUCCAGCAGUGGUUGGAGGAAGGAACGGGGAAUUUGCCAGCCAGUGAGAGUGUUCCAGCAGUGGGGAAAGUAUCAGUUACAAUCACUAGUGGCUGGUUAGAAGGUUCAGAGCUAUUGAUGACUAGCCUCAGAGAACUGAAUUCGUCUCCAGAAGCCACACCGUGUGCUGAUCAGCAGCUCUCAGAAGCAGCCUUGGCUUCUUCAGAACUGCAAGAUCAUGCAGUGGCUGAACAGGCAAGAUUACCAGCAGAGGAAACAGUGACUGUAGCAGACAGUGCCCCUUGGGCAGCUGUGGUGCCACAGACAGAUCAGCAGAUAGCUGGCUGUGCUGGUAUCAACGCAGAAGUGCUGAAUGAUGACCCAGCUGUGCUGGCCUGGAGUUUAGCGUGUGAUGCAGAGACUGUGCCAGCAGAGCUCCCAGCCCAGCCCAUUCAGGAUGCAGUACCAUUUUGUCCUGUCCUGACAGAGGUGCCCUACCAUGAGAUUUUAUGGAGAGACUGGGAGGAUCUUUCUGUCCAGCCCUGUGUCCUAGAACAGGUCUCAAAAAACACUCCUCUCUUUGAAUUUCGAGUCAUGUCUUACAACAUCCUUGCCCAGGACCUGGUGGAACAGGGCCUUGAUCUCUAUGUACACUGUCAUCCAGAUAUCCUGAACUGGAACUACCGCCUUCCAAACCUUUUGCAAGAGAUCCAGCACUGGAAUCCUGAUGUUCUUUGUCUCCAGGAGGUACAAGAGAACCAUUACUGGGAGCAACUGGAACCAACAUUCAAGGAGAUGGGCUUUGCAUGCUUCUACAAACGGAGAACUGGGACGAAGACAGAUGGAUGUGCAGUGUGCUAUAAGCACAGCAGGUUUCAGCUGAUCAGCCUCAGCCCUGUAGAAUAUUUCCGUCCUGGCCUGGACAUCCUCAAUCGGGAUAAUGUGGGCUUGGUGCUGCUGCUACAGCCUGUGCUCCCAGAGGGCCUAGAUCUGAAGGCCAUCAGUCCUUUAUGUGUGGCCAAUACUCAUGUGUUGUUCAAUCCACGCCGAGGAGAUAUCAAACUAGCCCAGGUGGCCUUGCUCCUAGCAGAGAUUGACAAAAUUGCAAGAACUACUGAAGGCAGCUACUAUCCUGUCAUCUUGUGUGGAGACCUGAACUCCGUACCUGAUUCUCCACUCUACAAAUUCAUCCGAAAUGGUGAACUUUCCUACCAUGGGAUGCCAGCCUGGAAGGUGUCUGGUCAGGAAGACUUUUCCCAACAGUUGUAUUCACGUAAACUGCUGGCCCCGCUGUGGCCAAGCUCACUGGGUGUAACAGACAAUUGCCAGUAUGUCACCCAGUGCCAGCCAAAGAAACCGGGGAGACGUGAAUACAGCCGUGACUUCCUGCUACAGUUUCGUUUUUGUGAUGUUGCCUGUGAACGACCCCCACACCUGGUGCUCUUGGAAGGUGUGACAGAUGUUAAACCAGACCGCCCUGCACACUGGCCCAAGCCUGCUGCCAUGGUGAAAGACCCUGAUCCCCAGCCAUUCAUCCCAAGGUGUUCAGGUGUUAUCCAGCAUGGCCUCAACCUGACCUCUGUCUACAGCCACUUCCUGCCACAGAGGGGACGCCCAGAGGUCACAACGAUGCCCAUGGGGCUUGGAGCCACUGUUGAUUACAUUUUCUACUCAGCAGAGCCCGUGGAGAACAGGGCAGGUCGCAGGCUAUACAAGGAUGGAGCCCUGAAGCUGCUUGGCCGCCUUUCCCUGCUCUCUGAAGAUGUCCUGUUGAUGGCAAAUGGCUUACCAAAUCCUUUUUGUUCAUCUGAUCAUCUCUGCCUGCUGGCUAGCUUUGGCUUGGAGAUUUCCAGCCUGAGAGAGAGUUAGUGUUGGUUCCCCUUCCCUAAAGAAAGGCUGUUCUGAAUACAGCAGUUGACACUCUGGAUUGCACAACCUGCUUGCAAGAAAACUCUUCCUUAUCAUGCCCUAAAAGUCUCUUCCUCCCCUCACACCCUCACUAAAAGCAGGGAUGGGAGAGUUGGAGUGCUUUUUGCUUUGGUAUUUUCUGGAUCUCUGCGACCCUGAGCUGUCUUCCCAGUGGGCUUCCAGUUGUAUUCAGGCAUUACCAUCUCUUAAAGGGAUCCUUGUUCCAGUGCUUUGUUUAGCAGGUGUUUUUGUGCUGUGGGAACCAACAUAACUCUCAUGUUUAUUUGUCCCCGUGUGAGAUCUUCAAGGAGCUGGAAAAGAGAAGGGCAGUGCUAUCCACUUCUAGUUCGUUAAUUGCUACCAAGGAGCAUGGGAUGUAUACACCAAUAUUCUUUUACACCAAAACAAUAGUUCUUUUAAUUUCUCAGUGAUAGUUUAUGAAGUAUGGUCGUUUCAGGGCUAGUUGUUUUGUUGCCUUUUAGAAUGUUGGAUCUGCUAACUGCUUAGAAAUGUCUUUUACUUAAUAAUGUGUAAAGGCUGCCUUGCUGACAGAAGGGUUUGUGUGGUAUAACAGUUUCUACAAGAAACUGCUUGCUGUGACUAAUGGACCAGGGAAUGGGAUUGCCAGGAAGGGAGCCAGGGGUUCUACAGAGCCACCCACAGCAGCUCUAGAAUGGCAGCAAAAGGCUAGAGGCCUUGGGGAAGACUCCAUUCCUUUCUAUAGCAGUCUCAGAAUUGUACCUAGUUUGGCAGUUGUAGGAAAAAUAUUUAGGAUCCUCCCAGUGAAAAAAAUCACCCUGUAAGGCAUGACAACCCCAGAAGGCUAACUCUGGAGGUCCCAAAAGAGAGAUGAAAAUGGAAGGUAUGUGAGAGGCAGCAGAGACAUCAGAUGGAAGAGCUGAUACUCGUCAUUUGCCCUACUCUUUCUCUGUGCACUCCCAUUCAGCCAGGGGUCCAUAGCCAACCUGUAGCAUCCACCUGUGCCAGACUGAAGUUAUUGCUCCUUCCUUCCUCUGGCCCCAGCCAUGUUUUGGUAGGUAGAACUCUUAGGACUGACUCCUGUCUCUUGACAGGCAUUGGGAGAAAGGGUAAGGCUGUGUAACUUGGAGCCAGAUUGUCAGUCGUUUGGAUCCCAGUGUACCUUUGGUGUCCUAUCAGUGUGCUUUUCUCAGCAGUGGCUUGGCCAGUACAAAAGCAGUAGAACUGUACUUGUUUCUAGAGUAAAUUCCCCAGUUCAGCCUGACAUUUGGUCCUCAGUUUUUCCUUAAGAGAUGAGACCAGUAUUGGCAGAAAUAUUAUCAAUCAGUCAUUCACAAACGAGGCAGGAAAUCUGGUUUUUGUGGGAAGGUACGAGGAGACUUGAAAUUUUGUUCUUUCUCCCUGGUCUAUAUUGAAGACUUUCAUAUUUUAAAUGUUACUUCCUUUAUUGAAAAAUAAAAUAAUCUAAGAAAAAAACGGCAAACUAAUGACAGCACCUUGUACUUCUGGCAGCUGAACCCUCUGAAGACUUGCUCAACAAGGUUUUGCUGGCUGAGAUGUGAAAGAGAAGAGGAAAAAUUAGCUACACAAGAUAGUAGUAAUGAGGGUUGAAGAGAGGGAAGAAGGGAAGAAGUGAGCUUAGCUGUCGUCUCCCAGCACAUCCUGAAAUCCCAGAGUUGAAGAAGAGCUGGUGCUUCUGGCAUCAGGCUUGUCUUGCAAAAAAAAAAAAAAAAAAAAAAAAGAGAAAGGUUUGCAUUCAGGAACCCUUGCUCUCCUCCCAGAGAAAGUACUGCUGAUCGUUUACAGAUCUCUUCUGUAAACUGUACAAAAACAAGGGCAGGGUGUGAGGAUUGUGUUCUGUGCCCUUACGAGUACCUAAGACUGCAUAUUCCCUUUGUGCCCCUGCCAGAUGGUGUGGUAUUUGUCUGGUGAUGUGUCAAUGGCUUUUGCUACCCAAUUGGGAGUUUCUCUAAGUGGGCAGCAAUCUUGAGGGUGAAUAAUUUUGCAGCUUUGUUUGCCCUUACUUUGACAAGUAAUGGUUCUGGCAUGGCACUGGUAUAUGGGGAGGGAUGCAAAGCUGUGCAUUUCUAUUGCUAUGUUUAUCUGACAGUUUCAUUAACUUCUGCAAGUACUCUUAUUCUGAUUUUGUCAGUGGUUGUAUUUGUAAAGGGAGGGUAGGAAAGGGUGAACUGAGAGCUUUAUUUUCUGCCAGGCUCCAAAAAAGGCUGCCAGAAGGCAGCCUGGUUGCAGAUGACUCCCACCUGCUGUUAACAUUGUAAUAGGAAGCUUGGAAGACACUAAAAGUUUAAAAACAACCAACCAAAAGCAAAACAAAAAAUGCUGUGACACAUGGUGUUGGCACUUAAAAAUUUAGCUGUCUGCUUCCAUUUUAAUUGCUGGCUAGUCUGAUGGUCAGUUGAUGGGGGGGGGAUGUGAAAGCUGCCUGCCCCACCUAUUAAGACCCAUAAGGUGUGCACAGUGCACCAUCACAUGAACUGGUUGCCCCUGCACUGGCUGAAGCAGCCUGCCAAUCCUGUGAUGUAAUUCCAACAUCACAAGUGCUUUUCCCGUUUUAUUUAAAUCAAAGACUUGACUUUUGGGCAACUUGCAUGAAGGCAUCUCAGGGAGGUUGUAAGCUUCCAGCUAUAUUUUGUUGGAAAAUCCAGUGUUGCACAGGUCAAGCUAAUGCUUCCUCUUUCCAUGCAUGAAAUAAUUGGUAUGUACUUGGAAUGAAUGAUUAAGUUGCUGAACACUGGAUAUUGGAGUCAUGUGCUGAGGAAUUGCAGAACAAUGCCUGCAAGUCCCCUUAUUUGUCUCUCUGAAGGUUAUAAAGCUCCCACAGGGACUUGCAGCUCCCAAAGCCCUGGCUUACAUAUGCUCCCUUGGGCACUUAUAGGUGAAACUAUUGCAGAAAUGCAGGACCAUUGCUAGUGACUGCAUACAGACACAAAGGCAGAGUUGAAGUCUUGAUCACUGUGUUUAUUUUGACCACUGCCCCUGAAGCUCUAGUAUAGACCCCUAUAGAAUUGGCCUGUUCAGGAAGGAAAACCCCUGUGUUCUAGAGCAAUUUGGAGUUUAUAUCAAAUGGAUCUGGAGACCUGUGAAUGCCUCUGACUGUGGAGGACUAGAGAAGUUUGGAGGUGGGGCAGGCAGAAGGUUCCUAACUCUAAAAUAGCAGCUAGUGUAUGUAUAGUUGUUGGGAGAAAAUAAGAUGUUUUGUGAUGCUUUAAGAAUAGCAUCCAGUGAUUUAAUCAGAGCCUGUGGUAAUGAGCAUCAUGGCAUGCAUAACUGAGAUUCCAGAUGUGGUUCUUAACACUGUUUCUGGACCUAAAUGCAUGACUAGUUGCCAUUAACACAGGUUUCUGAUGAAUUACAAAGGGAUCUGUAAAUUAUUAUGGAAGUGGAACAGCAGGAAUACCUGCAAUGCUCAGAAAGGGAAGUAUCAUAGAGGUAGUUACCAACUACAUCAUGUUAGUAGUGAUGUAGAGCUCAGGGAGACUGGUACUUAGGGGAAGUGAUGCCAGAGACCACUGGAGUGUGUGUACAUCCCCUGUUAGCAGUCUCCUAAGCUGCAGGAGCAUGCAGCUGUACAGGCAACACAUUUGACAAAGUACCUUUGCUAAAAAACAGCUUAGUUUGCACCACAGCUGCUAGACUGUAUUUAGUUAUGCUAUUUAGAUAGAAACUGGACUUCCUUUGUUUUCUCAGAGUUUUAAGUUCAUCACUUCAGGAGGUUGCUCUUUAUAAUCCGUUUUCCCAAUUACAUGGAAUGGGAAGAGUGGUAAACAAUAUAAUUGCUCUAGCUUCUUUCCUUUUCUUAAUAAAUGAAACUUGGCUGCUGUUUGAGGUUGUCUCCAUGCCUUUUCCUUAUGAGAUAUCUCUCCAGCAGCUGUUUUCCCAUGACUACCAUAUCCAGUUAUCUUUCUGACUUACUGAUGUUUAUUUUUUUCUGCAGCUGUAUUUCUUCAGUUAAAAGCUAUGGGUGGAAUUCUUUAGAGCUAAGUCUUACUAUAAACUCAACAUUUACAGAGGGUCAAGACAUAAGAUAGUGGGUUCCCUCACUCCUGAAGAGUUAAGUGGGAGGGAGCUCUGAAACGAACACUUAGAUGGGAAUAACUCUUGUUAUAUAAAACAAAAAAUUGAGUUUCAGACUUACUGUUAAGUGCUCUGCAUGCCACCUGCUUUGUGAAGACAGAGCUCUGAAGUACACUUGACCUUAGUUCCUCUUCUCUGAGGAGUCUCUUAGAGGCUCUAAGAACAAGUUCAGCAUCUCAGAAAGAAUCUCUUUUAAGAGUGGAUCAAGGUAUGUGUCCUGCUCCUAAUGAUGUUUGAGUGGCAUUGGCAAACAGUCUGUAAAGUGGGCUGUUUCUACAGUGCAAAAUCUCCUCCCAUCACCACCACCUCAGUAAUGAAUGUGUAUCGGAUGUACUGGUCAGAAAUUUGCAGACAUAUCCACGGUUCAUCCAAAUGCAGAGGAAGCCGUUUGUUGCUUACCUAUGGGAUGGGCACACAAGUGUCAGUGAGAUACCAUGUCCUUUCAGGAGGCUUCCUGUUGUGCAGGUUAAUUGAAUUGCUGGCUGUGACCUGCUCCUUACCAGACUGUAGCUGCCUGGCCUGUAGGGCUUCCCACAGCGCUGUCCUGCUGCAAUGCACAAGCUGCACUGGAUGUACUGCACUGCGUUUCAAAGUGUGAUACUGAGUUUCUGUAGAGAAGACACCUGCUAUAAUGAUAAUCAAGAUGACGGAUUUAACAGCUGGCAUGCCUCAAGCUCCUUCCUUUUGUCAGCUGUACAAGUUUGGCUUCUCCUGUCAAGGCAAGUUGUCCUCCAACUUCCACUGAAAAUUUCAUUCUAGUCUUGAAGCUCCUUUUUUGCUUUUAUUUAUUUUAGAAUUUAUUUAUUUUCUUUCAGAUUUAGACUGUAUAUUCUUGUGCUCUAAGGGAAUAGGAAUGCUGUAUAGUAGAGCUGGGAAAUGCUUUGUAACUUUGGUUAGACAAUCACAGUGGCUUUCAAGGUGCUCAUUUGUCAAAUGGGAAAAGGACUAGGCUAGACACUGGCAUGUGCUACAACAAAAGAUGUAUUUGUUCCGUCUAAUCUUUCAUUUGUACACACAAAAAAUACUUGGCUUCAAGCUGUAGCAAUGUUAUUUAGUUUUUUAUUCUUUUCUUUCUGGACAUAAAGCCUUCUACUUAUAUUUAUUCUACUUCUAUUUAUUCAGUUUUUGGUCAGUUUCAGGAGCUGCUCUUGAACUGGGGGUAAAUGAAUGCAGUAGUUAUUCUACAGCUAUUCCUCUCCUCCCUCCCCUAGAAUGAAGUCAGAGAUAGGAUGAGACUUACUCUUUGCCAAAAUAAAAAGAUAAUCUAGAAAAGCCAAUUCAGCUGAGUUAACUGAAUUCUGUCAUGGCCUGCUAUCCCUAGUAUGUUAUACACCUUUGUCUACCAUAAUCCCACAGUCUCUGCAUGAAUGGUGCUCUUAAGGCUCAGUCUCACUCUUUCAUAAAUGAAUUUCUGUGUGCUUUUAUACAUGUGAAAGCAUUAAGUUUUGCAGUUUUGGGCCUCAGCGUAAAACUGACUAGGUUCAUUUUUCUUAAUUUUUUUAAAUUUCUGCUUUGACCAAUUGUUUAUCCUUUCCAAAAUAAAGAUUUUCCACCUAAGGUCCAAUAGCAUAAGCUCUGACUUAAAAACCUAGAACUGCAGGAACAAUCACUAAGCAGGGGGAAAGCCUGAUCUGAAAGGGAACAGAAAGUCUCACUCCACUGGUCUAACAAUUGCCCCCUAUAGGGGGUAUAGGAGUUACCUGAUUUUUAGCAAAAUCUGUAAGACAUGGGGCAGAGGGUGUUUUCAAGCAAGCAUCUGAAGCAGAGGUUUAGUACUGUGCAAUUACCUUCCCUCAGGGCAGAAGGUGUUCAUAUCAUUAACAUGGCUAAAAGGGACUAUUGCAUGUGCCUUUCUCUUUGGAGUAGCAGGUUAGGAAAUGUUUUUUCCCUUCCUCUACACACUGUAGGCUUGCCUACAUCCUGGCCCUGGUCCCAGCUAUUACUCAUUUCCCAAGAGAGAAGGGGUAUGUUAUGCCUGAAAGAUGAUAGCCUGAAUAAAGUUGGACCCCCUUGCACUGAAUCUUGCAGCUGACUGCCCUUUAUUAACCCAGCAUUUGUCUUGGGAAGUCCUGGUAAGGUCAUCAGUCUGGACGGUCACUAAACACAGACCUUGAGCAGAAUCGCUUUUCAGGCCAGGAAGGGAAACUGAAUUGUGUAUUGAAGAGCUGAGCAGUGCAAGCAGAGGUUUGUAUUAACCCCUACAGUAUUGUAAGACUGAAAUUUCUGUUGCUGCCUGCACUGAUAUUUUUUUUCCAUCCAGCUGGACUGAUGGCAGUUCAGGGGGAAAACAUGAGUUCUAGCCUUUGCCAAACAGCCACAUAUAUACUUAAUGUCUGGCAGUUGCCUCUGUGUGCACAGACAUACUCACCUGUUCAGAUGAUUAAAGAAGAGUGUGAGUUCUUCCAUGAUCCACACUGUAGCAAGUACAGGGCAUCUCUACAUAAUCUGCCUGAUACCAUCACUCAAGGCUGUCCCUUUGACUUCUUAGAUGACUUAUAAUGGGAAAAUUUAAAUCAGAAAGAAGGACAGUACAGACAACUUGUUUUCUCUGCACAAAUUGAGAGCAGUACAGAAGGAAUUUUAUUGUCUAAGUGUCAAAAGAAGCAGGAAGAAGUAUCAACAUGAGGGCCAUGGGAGUGCAGUAAGAACUAAACCUAAAUAAAAAUUCUGUGUUGGCUACAUAAGAACACAGAACCACACUGAUUAAUUACAAAAAGACACACGUGAUACUGUUCUUAAAGAAAGAAAAUUUCCAUUUCUUAGUUCUGAGCUGUACCAGUGAUAAGGAUGUAAAUGGUUUUGGAGCACCCUAUCAGUGCUAGAGUAGAAUACUGAUGUGCAUGGAAGGGGACCACUCUGGUCCCACUAGCACCAUCUCAACCCUGACCUGGAGGGAACUCUGCUCUGCAGAGAUUAUGGGGGAUUCAGUAGCUUUCUGGGCCUAGGCUGAGUUGCUCUUGAGCAGGCAGGGCCAGGCACCACUGAAGGAGAGUGGUUGUGAUACAAGUAAACACUUGCUCAGAAAACAGACAAAAAUAUUAAAUUCCCUAAGGAGUUCAGCUUGGCUGUAGAGGGGCCAUCUCCACCUUGCUCUGGGGUAGAGCAAACAUCAAGCCAGAAUAGCACUUGCUUUGUUAGGUAAGAUUAUAAAUCCAUAAUGCAGGUCUUAAUGUUGUCAGGACAACAGCGCAAGGCCACCAGAAUAUGUGGUGUUAUUUCAGCCAGUCUCGCACACGUAGUACACAUGGGACACAGGACACCUCUGGCUUAUAUCUAGUGUCUGAUUAUCAGACCAUUUGAAAUACUUCACUUAGAAGAAGCAAGUGGCUAAAGCAACCACCCGAAGUGAUUAGCCACAGCCACUAGAGUAAGGUCAAAUCAAUCUAAUCCAGACUCUUGCCCGUUGGGAACAGGUGCAUUCUUCUGUUCAUUAUGGUUUCUAAACUCUGAAAUUUUAAGGACAGUCAUAUUUCAGUCUAUACAACACCACAUAGGAGCCUACCUUAAGGGGCAGGCACCUGAUUAAGGCUUUCACCUGAAAUACUUAAAAAGAAUUCAUCAUGUUAAACAGAUCUGAUAACAGCAAUACUAUAUGAACAGAAACUAUGUUUCAACCACAGUUCUGGAGUAAUUUAUUCUAUGUACUGAGCCAUAGGGUGGCACACAGGUAAAAUAGUCAACUGAAAAAAACCACUCCACUCCCAGCUAAAACACUUGCUAACAUACCUUAAGUUCCUAAAGACUCCUUUAACUUAUAUCAGAAUUAAAAAAAAGGCUAGUGUGUCACAGAUUGAUGGACACCCAACCCAGCUCUUUAAUAUACAAAGUUUAUAUCAGUGACACUGUAGCAGAAAGUUUUGCUCACUAAUCCAUCCAUCCAUUAAAAAAAUUGCAGUUGGCCAAGGUACCAAGGUACCAGGGACUUGUGUCCAUGAAAGUAAAAAGAGGAAUUCCUAUUUCAAAGUGUGCAUUACAUUUAAAAUAGUUUUGCAAAUAAUAGGUAAUUAGUAAGUAAUUCAGCAUUUGUUGAAGUCUUUCAAAGCUCACCUAGACUUUACAUACAAUGUAGGCAGUGUCUAUCCAUUCCAUAGUGUACGGACACAGUUCCCUUCCACAGAAUUCAAGGACUUGUACUGCAGAACAGACAUCAGGUGAGACCUACUGAAAAGUGAAAUUAACACCACAGAGCUACAUGAACAACCCUAUAAAUAUUUAACAUUAAAUAAUUAAUAGGACACCUCAAGAUUAAUCUUUCCUGUUCUGCAGGCACUAAGGAGUACGAGUUACAGUCUAGUUCCUUAUUUUCAUUCCUUCUCUGUAGCUCUAAAGACUGCAGGAGUGAAAAAGACUCUCAUCACCAGCCUUUUUUUCCUUAAGGUUAGAGGCAGACAGACCAGAAGUCAGAGCAAGUGGAUGAGGGAGGAAAGAAGUAGAAGAGCUAAAGUCUGUCUUGCAUUGUAUCCUCAGUUUUCUUAUGGCAUAAAGCUGGAUUGCACUAAUCCUCUCUGUCAUGGAAGGAUGCUGUCUUGUUUGUUUGGAAAGAAGCAAAGCUUUGUAUUGAAGUGAUUCAUCUUAUUACAAAGAGAGGGGGAGCAAGAGAAAGAAGGGUACGGUCCUUUUGCAGUUUCUUGCACCAUCUGCUAAACAGGAGAUACAGAAACAGUAAAGAGCAGAAAUUCUAACUCACAGAGAAACAUAGUAGAAGGCUUGAAAUAGUAACCCUAGAAGAGGGCACUUAUCUGCUCCAAUGUCCAUCUUGAGCAGUUACCAACAUUGGAUACAUGCAAAGAAUUAAAUGCCUCCUAACAUAUAUAGUUGUGCAAUUAAAUUUGAAAGAGGAUGUUCUUGUCUGGCUGCAGCUGAGGAUUAAGAGACCUUGAAUGCUACCUGUCAUUCAUUUCUUAAACAUCCACUUCCUUUGGUUUUCUAAACUAUUGGCCUCAGUUACAUCCUGCAGGAAAGCGCUUAAUUACAAAGUCAAACAAAGCAUUUUGUUUUAAGCCAUUCUGCCCUGGUGAUCUAAUACUGCUCAGCAUCCCUGUUGCCCUGCUCUCAAGAAACCAUCAUUAACUUGCAGCUGACCCCUCACUUGCUUUAUUUGUUUUGAAUUCUUCCUCCCCCCACACUUCCCCUCCUUUCCAUCUAAAAAGGCUCAAGUCUGUCCACCUAUUGAAUGUUCUCUGUAUGAAGCUGCUAAUUAUUCUCAAGAGCUUUCCAGUUAUUUUGAAUUAACUGAUCAAUCAACUAACCAAAGUCAUGGUGAGGGUGCAUCCUAGUCAUAUUUUUUUUUUAAUCCCGUAUUUCAUCCACUUUAAUAAAACCUGACAUUCAGUUUCCCUUGCUGAAUGCUACUUCUAUUUAUCAUAUGAUUCACAGUGGCAUCUGAACUUUCAGUCCUCUGCAUAACAAACAUUAUGCAAAGGCAGUUUGUGGCUUCCAAGUGGCCCAUAUUAUUUACAGGUAACUGUUACCUUUACAGCUAACAUCAUCAUUAGCAUCCAUACACUAAAUGUUAAUUUACAGCCACACAGAAAUGAGCAGAGGACACAUUCAAAAGGGUGCUUGGCUUGCUACUGCUGUUAAUUUCAAUUGUUGCAUGUAGCUGCAGUGCAAGGGAAUGGACAGGCAUUGCACUGCACUGUGGAAACUGGCAUCUUAUUCUGGAUUAAUCUCCUGGCUCAGCAGCAAGUUCUGCCACCUUCUUGUGGUUUGUCCUCCUGGCUGUACAGCAUAGCGAAAAACAGACUGUGGUGGUACAGAUAGACCUUGCAAGUUACAUCACAGUUAAAGAUGUACAAUUAGGAACCUGUAAGGCCUGAGUUAAGUUGCUUGUGGGUGGUGCUUCGAGGAUUAACACUGCUUUAACUAGACAGAAGAGCUGAUUAAGAUGGGUUAAGAACCCGUUCUCUGCCACCGAAAUAGCUCUGCUUAUUUCAGGAUGUGGCACAGCAAUACUGCAACAAAAAGCUGGUAGAGCUAAACUCCAUUAUGUUUCUAACAAGUUCACAGGAAAGAAUAAGCCUGGUUCUAACAAAAUUAAAUAUGCAAUAUUUCAGGAAGUUUAGCUCCUUGUCAGUGCUGUGAUAAAACAAGACACUUUCUCUCAAGGAUACUCCCGCUACCAAGCUCAGCUCUUGCAUCCCCUAGAUCCAUUAAUCUAAAUCACUUCAAGACCAUGCUGUUCUGACUUCUGGAAACCCCAUUGUUCCCAGGCUUUAGGCCUCAAAGAGAGGUCUGACAACACUCCAGAUUUCUGACAAGCAUUACAUUACUUAAUCAGUAGUACAACACUCCCCCAAAAGAAGUGUAGGAAGAGCCAAAGCUGUAAGUGGUAGCAAGGCCCAGGCCAGCCCUUUGGCAAAGGUUAGCAUAAGUGGUGCUGUUACAUAUUGCAGUUAUCCAAAGAGCCAGAACACAAGCACAGCUCUGGCACUGGGGUGGGGAAAUGCCUUCAGGAGGCUCCAGGCUGAGAUGUCAGGAAAGCAACUACAAUUUCUUUGAGCAGGGCUCCUUGCAAACAGGUGUAUGUAACUCUAGCCCUAAUACUACAGGGAGGAAGGAGCAAGACCCUUGUGGAAAGGAAAAAAUGCUUGUAAAACCUGUUCACAUCAUUACAUUCUUCUUUAACUUUUUACUCUUAAAACUCAUACCUCACUGACUGUGAAGUGCCUUCCACAAGCCUUCACAGUAGCAGUUACUAGAAGUAAUAGACAGAAGGCUGAUGAAGAGAUGACUCAAAGUUCAGGGUUCCCAUCAGCCCCUGCCUACCCUGUCUCCAUUGCUGGGACAAUUGAGGUCUCUGUGCCUGUUUUCAUAUGGUAAUGGCAUAGGCAUAUCCUGACCCACUCAACCACAAAAGGACUUACAGCAACAGUUCACCAGCACUUCAGUGGGCAAAGAGGUUCCAUCCCACUGUCUACCCCCUCAGAGACAAUGAAAUGCUUUGAAAUAGGCGGGACUAAACAUACAGGAUAUGUUUUUGCUGGAUAAGAGGACUUCGUAUGAUCAAUAAAUCAGGCUGAGCAAAUUCAGACCUGUCUCACAUGAGAAAUGAUAAACAAAGUGUUCAUAAUGACAAAACCAGGAGUUUUUGCACAAGAUUUGGGGGCCAUCCCAUUCCAGCAGCACUUCUCCCUCAGCCCUGCAGGCCUUCCGUGGAUUGAAGACUUCUGUGCAGACAGGGAAGAAGUACUGUUGACAAGACGCUUCAUCUACUUGCUGUAAAGGCAAAAAAGUUGAUAGCAAGUCUGCUGACCCCACUCACUCCAUAUUCUUCCUGAAGCAAAUUCCCACCAAUGUACAGAACUUUUUCUUUUUUUUUUCCUUUUUUUUU